UCUCUCUCUGCUGUUUUUGAUGAAACCGAGAAACCAAAACCUCCUAAAUACACAAAGUUCGUGGAUCGUGUGAUUCAUCGUAGCUACUAGUGGUUUUAUUGGCUCCAGGUCUGAGUAAUUUGCCCUCAAAUUAGUGUUUUUUUUCUUUAAUUCCCUCUUUUUCAACUGGGUUUGUUGAGUUGUUGCUGUAACCCACUCGGGUUGACUCACUAAAGAGUCUCACCGAGUUAGACAAGCUUCUUGGCUUUACCAACCUACUUCUGAUUCAAACAUAUGGGAGGCCAAUGCUCUAACCUCGGUAGUUGUUGUGGGAACUCAUUACACAAGACAGCUGUUCUUGAAGCUCCUCAUGUUGAAAAUGGAGAGAAUAGUGAGAGCACCGAUGUCCCUGGUUUCAGGGAGUACACGUUAGAACAGCUCAAGUCAGCUACUUGUGGUUUUGCUGUGGAGUGUAUUGUAUCUGAGCAUGGAGAGAAGGCUCCCAAUGUCGUCUACAAAGGCAAACUCGAGAACCAAAAGAAAAUUGCUGUCAAGCGUUUCACUAGAAUGGCCUGGCCUGAUUCACGGCAGUUCCUUGAGGAAGCCAGGUCCGUUGGUCAGCUGCGGAGUGAGAGAAUGGCCAAUUUACUCGGCUGUUGCUGCGAAGGCGACGAGAGGUUGCUUGUCGCAGAGUUUAUGCCCAAUGAAACCCUAGCCAAACACCUUUUCCAUUGGGAAGCACAGCCUAUGAAAUGGGCAAUGAGGCUACGAGUUGUUUUAUAUCUAGCACAAGCUCUUGAAUACUGCACCAACCAAGGCCGUAUUCUUUAUCACGACCUCAACGCCUACCGAGUUUUAUUUGAUGAGGAAUGCAAUCCAAGACUUUCUACUUUUGGGUUGAUGAAGAAUAGUCGUGAUGGGAAAAGUUACAGCACAAAUCUUGCUUUCACCCCUCCUGAAUAUCUUCGAACUGGGAGAAUCACUCCAGAGAGCGUGAUUUACAGCUUUGGCACUCUUCUGCUUGAUGUUCUCAGUGGGAAACACAUACCUCCUAGCCAUGCACUUGAUCUGAUUAGAGACAGAAAUCUCCAGUCGCUAACCGAUUCUUGCCUAGAUGGGCAGUUCUCUGAAAGCGAUGGCACAGAGCUAGUACGCCUUGCGUCUCGUUGUCUCCAGUACGAAGCUCGUGAGAGGCCAAACACAAAAUCUUUGGUCACUGCCCUGACGCCUCUUCAGAAAAACACAGAGGUCCCAUCUCAUGUUCUAAUGGGUCUGCCUCACAGUGGUUCGGUGUCUCCCCUGUCCCCUCUUGGUGAGGCUUGCUCGAGAAAGGACCUGACUGCUAUGCUUGAGAUCUUGGAGAAACUUGGAUACAAAGACGACGAGGGUGUCACCAAUGAGCUAUCGUUUCAAAUGUGGACAGACCAGAUGCAAGAGUCUUUGAACUCGAAGAAGAAGGGAGAUGUGGCUUUCAGGCAAAAAGACUUUAGAGAGGCCAUUGAGUAUUACACGCAGUUCAUUGAUGGAGGAAUGGUCUCUCCAACAGUGUGUGCACGGCGUAGCCUGUGUUACCUGAUGAGUGACAUGCCAAAAGAAGCAUUAGAUGAUGCAAUUCAAGCACAAGUGAUCUCUCCCGUGUGGCAUGUGGCGUCAUAUCUCCAGUCUGCUUCCCUUUCAUUUUUGGGAAUGGAGAACGAAUCACAAAUGGCACUUAAAGAGGGUUCAAACCUUGAAGCUAAGAGGAAUGCUGCUUCCCAACUGAAGUAAGGGAUAACAUAUACCGUCUAAGUCUUUUUUCCUCUUUUGGUAAAGAUGAAAGAACAUCUUACCAAGUUUAAGAGGGUUUGUUAAAUCUUUUGAGCACACAAGGAUGGGGAAAACACUCGAGAGCAAUAUGCAAAACUAGAUACUCAAUGAUGGGGAUGUGUGUUUUGCUCUUCUUUGGCCUCUUUUUAUAGGGCAUUGAAGGAAUCACUUCCUUUGAAAUCCUUUUUUCUGAACUUUGUUAUAUAUGUUGAACAAUGUACGAAAAACCCCCUUUUAUUUGCAGAAAUUAAAAGAUAAGUAGAUGAUACAUGCACACAUGCGUG